AGUGUGUCAGGGACAGGAGACAAGUGAUGUCAGGGGAGACGAGACAAGUGUGUCAGGGAGACGGAGACAAGUGAUGUCAGGGAGACGGAGACAAGUGAUGUCAGGGAGACGGAGACAAUUGAAGUCAGGGAGACAGGGGAACGCAAACUCAGUGAUAUGGAUGAAACCAAGCUGACUGAGAUAAAUGAAAGCAAAAUGCUUUCAGAACAAGAAGAAAAGAUUGCCCCAAAUCAGACUGUUGAAAAUAUUCUUCAUCCCCCUGAUUAUGCACCUCACUGUGAACAAGAAGAAAAGCUGGACACAGAGAGUGAAUCACAAGUGCUAGAAGAACAAAGUCAUAAAAGCAAAGACCAGGAAGUAGAGCUCAAAGACACAAAUGAAGAGGCAGAGAAACACGUGGUUGCUGUGGAGGAAAACCACAGUGAGACACCGAGAAUAGCCGAAGCACAUACAAACACAGAGGACGAGAUGCAAAUAGGUGUAAACGCAGGCGAGGAGCAGAGGAUACAAGCUGACGUGAAAUCAGAAGAGAGUGCUGACACUGAAAGUGUGCAACAGGUGGAGAUGAACGCAGACGUUACGGAGUCUAAAAGUGAGACAAGUGUGGACACAGACAGAGGUGUUGAAGCUUUAACUGUUGAUGAUCAGAAUAGUGCAGCAGAGGCAGAAUCACGACAGGAAAAGGAAGAGCUGAUCAAGGAGACAGAAAAAGGUGCACUUGAAGUAAAAUACCACAGUACUGAGUCAUUAGUACAAACAGAAAAGGAAGCAGAGUCCCACACCCAAAGAGACACAGAAAAUGAGGUUCUGACACAUAAUCAGGAAAAUUCAGCCACACAGUGCGAUAUAAAGGUAGAAAUUAAAGAAGUCGAUUCAGAACAACAAGUAGAUUCAAAGACAGAAAUGGAGCUAGAAGAAGAAAUAUUAAUGCUGUCUUCAUCUGAAUGCACUCAACAAAAAGAAAGCACUGGUGCAGUAGAUGAUACAGAGACUAAAACUGAGAUAACAGUCGGAAAAGACACAGUGGAGGCGUCAAAUAAGGCAACAGAAGAAAUUAUUUUGAAUGUACACUCGGAGGCACAGGUUGAAAGUGAUUCAUGCAUCUAUACUCAAAAAAUCACAGAGGAAACACCAACAGAAACUCAGACUUAUGAGAAGCCUGCAGACUCUGCAACACCCAUGGAAACGGAAGAGUCUGCAGCACCAGCUGAUCAGCUCAACCACACCAGUGAGCCUGAUGAGGAGAGUUCAGUACAAAUUAGUACCUCUGAGACAAAAGCACCUGAAGAGACAACAAGCCAGGUUACUGUGGAUCCUGAAGACUCAAAUCAAAAGGUUCAACAAGUGGAGCCCACGCAGGAGGAAGAAAUUACUGAAAAGAUUAAACAAACUCCAGCAGGAGAGGACGAUGUCUUCAUUUCUUCUGAGCCAACAAAUGUUCCCCAAGUCCAAUGUUCUCAAUCUGCAAAAGAGCCCCCGGUACAAACCCCUGAGCGUCGCAGCAGUCGAUCAUCCGCUGAUUUCUGCGUUCGCAAGUCAUCCACCUCACGUAGCUCCAGGCUAGCCCGCAGGCUUUCCGAGGAUCUCUUCACCACCCCCCAGAAAACUUCAGAAAAUCAACCAGAAGCCAAACUCACAGAGUCACAGUGCAAUCCUAAAGCUGUGACCUCAAAACAAGCUGCUCCUGAUCUGUUGCCGCCUGCAGCAGCAGCAGCAGCAGCAACAACAACAGAGGAAGCCCCCACACAGCAGCAGCCACAGCCCGACACCCCUAAACGUUUUGGUCUCUUCCGCAGACUGAGAGGUGAGCAUCACAAAGACAACAAGGCUAAGAAGGCACCCAAAAUGCAAGUGCCGAAAAUCUUGAUUCAAGACUUCAGUGAUAUGCCAGGGACUGGGAAUGCGGCUGAGGAAGAGGCGGAGGACAAACUGAACUCCAAGGAGAGGAGGCGGCGGCGGAGGGAACAAGAAAGGAAGGAGAAGGAAGAGGAGAAGUUGAAAAAGAAGAAAGAGAAGGAGCUGGAGAAGGGGAAGGGGAAGGAAAAGGAGAGGAGGAAACCACAGACGAGAGGGAAAAGUUUUCAGGUGCAAAAAGAGAAACGUAGUGACGACGCUGCUCAUCCUGCAAAGACUGACUCACAGACAAUUCACAGACAUUCUGCUGGUUAUGCCGAGGCUUAUUUUUGACAUUACUCAGAUUCUGCAUCACUGCCUUUCU